AGGAACAUUUCUUAACGGUCAGAAUAAGAAUAAAUCAAAUCUACUGAAAAUGAUAAAGAACCAUACUGAUCUUUUCCCCAAACUUCUGUGUGCCAAGGUGAAAUUUGGCGGUGUACGGAGGGAGUUGGAUUUAUGUGAGGAAGGUAUACUAACUCUCGGAAAUAGUGAAGACCCUGGAUUAAACGUGAACAAAGCAGUAGAAGAAAGAUUUCUCGCCAAAAAAUUAAAAACAUUGAAAUCAAAAGACAGCAAAGAAUUGAAGAAUAUGGAGAAAGUUGUGUCGGAGUUUGAAGAGUUAGGCGGUGAAAUAUCGAAGCUCGCUAACAUUAUACAAGAACAGAUUCUAAGAAGAACGAAAGAUCAAAUUAACAGUAUUUAUAACAACUUCAAAACUCUACUGUAUACCUGCAAAUUUGACAACAGGUACGAGAUCGUAGACAAUACGCUCAAGUCAUAUUGGAAAGGAGAUAUAUCAGAUAAAAUCUACAAAUAUUACAGCGACAUGUAUGAAUUUCCUGUCAUAAAAUCCAUGACGACUUUUACAAAGUUGGGAUACCUGAUUCAUCUUCAACCACCAACCAUAUUAUAUUGUAAACUCAGAAGUGACGACAAAAUUGAAAUUAUAUUCCAGAACUCUAGCUAUGGACGGCUUUUCCCUUCAUCAAACUGUAAACACCAAUUAAGUUACAAGUUACAGGAAAAAGGAUUUAUUAAAGAGAAGCAAGAUGUCAGUGUAAAAUGUAAGCUAUGGCUUUUAGCCAGGACAGUUGGCUUUGGAUGGUACAGGAAAUAUUUUAUAGGAAAGAAAAGAUGGGGAAUAUUUAGCAGCCUAGAAUCAUUAGAUUUAAUUUCUUAGUGUUUUGGGGAAUAAAGUUAAUGUACAACUAGCGUUUUUUUUUUUUUUUUUUGAAAACCGUGUACCCAUAAUACAUUCCCAUGAGCUUGAAAAUAUCAUCAAAUAAUGUAUUAACCUGUACAGAAUGAUAUGCAUACUGAUAUUAA